AUGAUCUUUUUGCUCACAGACACGUACGAUGGCUCUACGACAACAACUCCACACGGCCAAACCGGAGCAAUAGAUGUCACUGUUGAGGUACACCAGGGAUCAGCUCUAAGCACUUCCCUCUCCCUGCUUACCAUGGACGUAAUCAUGAAAGAACUCAUAAAUGGAUCGCUUAAAGCCAUCCUUUACGCUGUUGACAUCGCUCUGAUAGCGGAGAGCAAAGAAGACCUGAGACAAGCUGCGGAAAUGGCAGAAAGUACUGGUGGAGAAAGGGCUCCGGCGUUAUAA